AUGGUACGAGUUACGAAAUGCGAAGCAAAGAAAAGGCCUGAAACGUAUCCUCUCCUUCCAUCUCCACCAUACUCAAGGGUCUGUUCUGUUACGUAUCAUACAGAGUAUGCUCCUGCAUUCCUACCUCGGUCCUAUACGGUGUACAACACACGAAAGAGGAAGCUCUUGCCAGAUAUCAUGUUUCGAGUAUCCCAGGUAGGUAAUCUAAAGCUGCCCGACACCAUCCACUACGGUGCUGUUCAGUGUCCACAAUCUUGCCGUGCGGAUGCCCUGACACCGACCCGUGCCUUUGUUCCACUGUGGAACGACCUGGAGCUUGAACGGUUGUCUCCAUCUGGUGGCGGCAGUACACUUCCACGUCGUCGUCCGCGUAACUUGUCCAAGCCUCAUCGAUUCUAUCCCUCUGUGCCAAUUGCAACGGUGUAUGGGAAUAACCUUCAGGGCAAGCAUUUCUAG